CUCUCCGGCUCAUCAUUUGACGGCAGACAGGCGGACGGCCAGGUGAACUGAUCUGCUCUCACCAUGACUAGCAUGAGACUCGCGCCCGCGAUUACUUGCAUCUACUUGCUUCUAGUUGCAGCAGCGCUAGCCGACAUGGCUUCCGCCAGGAAAAGAGGACUGGAAGAUGUGCGCCAGGAACUUAUGAGGAUCUAUGGAGCUCAGGGAAGUCCGAAACGUAUUCUUCGACCACGAAAGGGAUGUGCAUCUUUUGGCCACUCAUGUUUUGGCGGUCACGGAAAAAGAGCUGUAGAAGAAAUUCUUCCUCCAAGGGACUAUGACAUGCCUAUGCCUUCUUCGGACAACGCCAUGGAUGAACAGAGGCUUGCUAAUAAUGAAAUCGAACCUGACAUAGUGCCUAUUCUCAGGCAAUGGCUGCUCUCAUAUCGGAAUCGGCAACUUGGCUCAGGACUGAAGUAGACAAUUUUCUAAUGUUCCUGUUUUAUUUUUCAACUCUGAAGACUCCUUCCAGAAUCAAUUAGGCCUGCAUUUGAAAUCCUCCUUAAUGGUUGCAGAAGUUAUAAGAUCUUAGCUUAUCAUACUCUUGAAAAUAUAAAUACUUCUCUUUCAACCAUACAUCUACCAUAUAACAACUUACAAUAUAUAAUUUUUGUUGUACUAUCAAUAUUUUUCAUUGUUUUCGCUCACAUCAUAUCUAUGUACAAUUAAGCUGUGUACAUAUUUAAAACAAGCAUAUCAUAAUAAAUUAUUCCUUAAUAUGCUGUUAUCAUUGUACUAGUCUACCAUCAUAUUAUUAUGUAGUUCUAUAAUUAGACUGCAAAGAUUAUUGUUUAAUAGUGAGAAUCUUGAAUAAAAAUUAUAAAAAAUGAGAGUAUAGCUGUUUAUAAUUUAUAAAAGUUUAAUAAAUGUUUAAGAUUA